AUGCCCAGUAGCAAUCAAAUCGUCAUUGAAGCUCAGAAUUGUGAUUCAAAAGACUCCCAAGUGACACGUCGAACAAGUGUUAAACAAGCGGAUGCAUCAUUCAAUGAGAAUCCCAAAAAAAAGGUACUGUGUGUGAUAUUAUUGGUUGUGAUUGUAUCGAUGAUAGUCGUUGGCGUUUUGAUUCCAACAAUAAUACUAAAAAGGAGCAAAAUUCAUUCAUCCAUAACAACGACCACAGUAACAACAACAACGACCACAGUAACAACAACAACAACGACCACAGCAACAACGACAACAGAACCAGAUCCAAUACCAUUGGACGCAGUGCGAGGAAACGUUAUUGGUAUAUACAAUACAUCUGUUGGUAGCAAUAGCAAGGCAGCAACGCCUGGCAGGGAAGAAGGUAAAUACGUGCCAGAAGAAUCACCAGAGAAAGUAUUCGAUGGUCUUCUGUCAACUAAAUAUCUCAGUUUUGGACCAUGCUAUGAAGGACAUAGGCCGGACAGCGCGUGUGGUUUGUACACGGGUUUAUACCUGGAAUUAGAACGUGGUCCAACGUUAGUCAACGGGUUGAAAAUUUGCACAGCUAAUGACUCUAACGUACGUGAUCCAACUGCUGUGUCAUUAGAAGGCAGUAAUGCUAAAGGAAACAAUCUUACUCUUGGUAGCAGUUGGAUUUUGCUUUACAAAGGCACUAGUGGGAUAGUUAUAGAUCCUGGUCGAGGAAAGUGUGGUUCAAUACAAUAUUUUAAUAACACAGUCGAAUAUUCAAGCUAUCGUUUCUUAGUUUCUGGAAACAGAAAGCCGACAUAUUGUGUUCAAUAUUCUGAAGUGAAAUUAUACAGCCUUUAA